CAGCCCAUUUCUUCUGUAGAAAGGCCCAGACCGGUCUCGAACUCGGAAACAAAAAAAAACCGAACCGUCCUCUCCUUUCCUGAAACCUUAACCAACACGAAGUCCAACUUUGCAGCCCCUUUUAUUAAUCAAACAUCAUAAAUUUCAAACAAUCUUAGAAUUAAAAAAAAAAACGACAGAGUACGGACCAAAGCAAUUUGAAUCUUUCGAUCGAAUUUUUAAGGAAUAAAGGGGAGGUUUUCUUGUGAGAGAUAUGGAUUUUGAGCUAAGGAGAGCGAGAGAGAAGCUUGAUAAAGAGCAGAGGGAGAGGAAGGAAAGGGCCAAGUUGAAAUUGGAGAAAGAGAGGAAAGCAAAAGAAGAAGCUAAGAAACAACGAGAUGCCAUUGAAGUUGCUCAGAGAUCUAGAAGGCUUGCUGCCAUUGAAGCUCAGCUCGAGGUUGAACGGAAAAUGGAAGAAAGUUUACUUGCCGGAAAAGGAAUAGUUUUUUAUAGAAUCUUAGAAGCUGUACCUUUUCAGGGUAGUGGAGAUAAGAUCAAAUUGCCUCCAUCCUGUUUCACUGAAUUGUCUGAUCAAGGUGCAUUUGACAAGGGACCGGUAUAUUUUCAAUUGUCAUUGGUUCAUCAGGAGGGUUUUUCUGAGAUUAAGGAUGGUGAAAAGGAAAAGAAUAGAAGCACUCAUUCAGGUGUUUUGGAAUUCACUGCAGAUGAAGGUUUCGUUGGGAUUCCUCCCCAUGUAUGGAGUAAUUUGUUCCCUGUGGACACUCCAAAGGCUUCCUUGGUUGAGGUUCGUUAUGUUCGACUUCCAAAAGGAACAUAUGCUAAACUUCAACCUGAUGGAGUUGGCUUUUCUGACUUACCCAAUCACAAGGCUAUUCUUGAAACAAGCCUUCGUCAGCAUGCUACUCUUUCUCAAGAUGAUGUUCUCACAGUUAAAUAUGGAGAGUUGACAUACAGGUUAUGUGUUCUUGAGCUAAAGCCCUCUUCAAGCAUAUCUGUCUUGGAAACAGAUAUUGAGGUGGAUAUAGUCAACCCAGGUGUUGAAUCAGAAAGGACAGAUCAGUAUGUCUUAAAGCCACUUGUGUUUGGUACAUCAGACUCUGGAUUGGUUGAGGAAGGAAAUUACAUGUAUUAUAAGUUCUCAAUUGAUGACAAAACAUGGGAAAACAUUGUUUCCGGUGAUGUCAAAAUAGAGGUAAGGAUAGAAGCGGAGACGAAUGAUGGAGAUACUGAUCUUUAUGCAUCCAAGCAUCCCCUUAUAUUCCCAAACCGUCAUCAACACGAAUGGUCUUCCCAUGAUGUUGGUUCAAAGACUUUGAUCCUCAGCUCCAAAGAAAGGAACUUGGGUGCUGGUACUUACAGCCUCGCUGUCUAUGGCUUCAAAGGAACAACCAAGUACCAGGUAUCAGUGCAUGUUCUAGAGAACAGCAAGCAUAAGGUGCGUCAACAAGCUGUGAAUUCAUCUUCAAUGGAGGUGGAUACCGUGGAGUGUCGGAAUUGCAAGCAUUUUAUACCCAGUAGAAGUAUAGCUCUGCACGAGGCAUACUGUAGUAGGCAUAACGUUGUUUGUCUACACGUUGGUUGUGGAAUUGUUCUAAGGAUUGAAGAGGCCAAAAAUCAUGUGCAUUGUGACAAAUGUGGGCAAGCCUUUCAACUGGGAGAGAUGGAGAAGCACAUGAAAGUGUUCCAUGAACCACUUAGGUGUCCUUGUGGAGUAGUGCUUGAGAAGGAAGACAUGGUGCAACACCAAGCUUCAGAUUGCCCCCUGCGCUUAAUCACAUGUCGGUUUUGUGGAGACAUGGUUCAAGCUGGAAGCUCUGCCAUGGAUGUUCGUGACAGAUUACGUGGACUUUCAGAGCAUGAGAGCAUUUGUGGCUCAAGGACUGCUCCAUGUGAUUCAUGUGGACGUUCCAUAAUGUUGAAAGACAUGGACAUCCACCAGAUUGCCGUUCACCCGAAGAACUAAUGUCAGCACAACUUCCCAAUUCCAGUAAAGACCAAAGUCAGCACUAUUUUGCAUGGCUUAUAAUGUUUAAGACUCAUAGAAAAAAAUGGACACUGUGGCUGUUGGCUUCUGUGCAUGAACCAAAGAAACAGAUUGGGAUUAUUUGCAUAUAUUGUAAGAAUCAUGGGGCAUUAUUGUUUUGUGCUUGUGAAAAAGGCAAUACAUAAAUAUUUGGUUUGAGACUCUCGGUGUCUGAUAAUCACUUUGGGUUCUUAUUAAUCCGAAAUCGAGUUGGGUUAAACUCUAUAAAGGGAGCAAGUUUUCCCAGCGUUUUUUUUUUUUAUUCACAAGAAUUGAAACUAAGACCUUACUUAAAAAUAAUCGAAUUUCUCAAUCACUCGGAUCAAUAAAAAACUAAUUAUAUGAAUGGUAUUCUUUA